AAUUGUCAAUCUUCAUGUUCUUAAUUUAAGCUUAAUUUAAAAUGAUGACAUUAUGAGAUUUUAAGAAUAUAUCGUUGGGAUUGCGAGUUGUGCAUUUUAUUUGAAGCACUGACUUGGCAGCAGGCAGUGGGCCUAAUUUUGCUGAGCGUUAGGUAUGAUCGCCAGCCCUAUGUCUGAGCACGGAUGUUUAAUACAAGUUCGUGAUCGGAGACAGCACGGAACUCCUGGUUGAAUGCAAACACCUAAUUUUUACAUGACAUGAACGGAAGCCAUUGCAACAAACAUAAUUAAAAGCUAAAUGAGAAAAUCAAGUCAUUGUUUAUAAAUCUAUAAUGUUUCAAUUUUGAUGCUGUUUUACAACUUUCAUUAUUGUUUUUUGCCAUACCUUUCUGUUAUAUUAUAUAUAAAUAGGUCUUAUUCGUGCACUGCACUUCCGGCUUUCCAGAACGAGGCUUCAUGGGCUUUGUCACAGACUGAAAUCAUAGAAGUCUGUGGGCCUUAUGGUUAUGGGGAAAAAUAGCAGAGAGUUUCACCACGAAAAGCUUGGAACUGCUUUUACAUUUGUGAGAAAUGAUGUGUUGGGAAAUAUUGAGAAAAUAGAAAGGCGGUUCUACAAAGAUCCAACGAGGUAUCAUUUUAUCAGAGCCAUUUUAGAAGAGGAUGCUGGGAAAAAGAUGUCAGAGGGGUGUGUUGGGCUGCUGUGGUUGAUGAGGGGGCUUAUGUUCGUCCAUCGUCUCUUUUUUGAGCUGAUUGAGGAUCACAGGAAUGGAGUAACAAGUGAUGACAUUGGACCAGCCAUCAGGCGAGCUUAUGAUGCAUCACUUCGAGCCUAUCAUGGGUGGCUGAUGCAAAAAACUAUUUCAGGUAUAACUCGUAUAUUGCCUGGAAGAAAAGAGUUUUUGAGGCGUCUUUUUCUACAUAACUCUGCGACUGUUGAUAAUCAUAGAGUAAAGCUCAAAGUGUACGGGGGAGGAGUGGAAGAAGGAAAUGACAAAGGAACAAAAACAACAAAAGAGAUUUGGAUAAAAAUUGACCUCAUUUACGUUGUUUCUAUUCUUACUUUCCAGGUAGUGAAAGAUAUUCAGUUGUAUGAUGUUAACCUGUGGGCUACAUUACAGCUGAUGGAAAAACAAAUAAAUUACUAUGGCAGAAAUGAAGAUGAAAAGGCUUAGAAAAGCCUUUGCAGCAUCUUUAAAAGAAAAAAUCACUCUGAUGUGAUCACAUAUUGUUGUAACUUUCUCCACACCAUGUUUCUUCAGAUGAAUUAUGCAAACAAAUUUUUGCUUUGAAAUAAGCAAAUCAUUGUGAUAAAGCAAUUUUUUUGUGAAUUCAAAAUAUGUUUGGCUUACAGCACCAUUCCGAAUAUAUGGCAGCCUUUUUGUUUUUUUAAACAAAGUUACAAAAUACAUGCCGUCAAAUGUUUGUGUGAUCAUGGGUAUAACUCUGAAGUAUUUUUGUUCAUGAUAAACUGGGUGGUUUCUAAAGAUAUUAAUGACAAAAAAGAGAUUAAAAGAAAUAUUCUGUUGACUACCAGUAACAGCAGGUUUUCAAAAAUGUGGCAGCAUUUGUAUCAUCUUAUCUUUGCUUUUGUGCAGUUAUUUCUGGUUUGCUGCAAUGAAGCAAUUCUUUGAAAGUGUGUCAUUCGUACAGGGUGUAGAUCCACUGAAAAACGUGAUCUCUCUUAUUGCUCUCUUACUCUUUCUGCUUUUGCAAACAGUGUACUUAACUAAUAUUGCAUAUAUUUUAAAUGCGCUUCACUGUGGACUUUUUGUUAAAUUGAAUUUAUGCUGCAGCUGCAAAUUAAGCUUGCUUUGCAUGCAGUCUGGAACUACAGAGUCUAACCCUAACCGUGAUACAAAUGAUGCAUUGGAUAUGUGAGCUCACAAAACAUAACUUUUGGGAAUUGUAGAUUUUGUUUUAAAAUUAAUAGUUACUGUUAUGACAGGCCUUUCAUGCAUAUCUAUGUUAGCAGAAUAUCUGUGAUAACUGUUAGAUAAUGUAAAUUUUCAAAAUAUUCUUGCACUUCACAAAUUGUUGGCAAGUUUAGUUAGUUUAUUCCUUGUUUCUCCUUGAGGAGCAUAGGGCCGCAACAUCGUCUCUCAGAUGGGCCGAUGUGGUUCUGACGUCCUUUGCCUCGCUCUCUGCUGUUAUUUUCCAAGUCUGCUUUGGUCUCCCAACUCUCUUCUUCCCCUGAGGAUUCCAGUCAAGUGCCUGCUUGGCAAUGGUGUCAGCUGGUUUGCGCAAGGUGUCCUGUCCAGCUCCAUUUGUGCAUUUUGAUGUCUUGGAUAGUGGCAUUCUGGUUGGUUUUUUUCCACAGGCCACUCUAGGAGAUCUUUUAAGGUCAUCUUAUUCAGAAUAUGGCGUUGGCAUCAGUUGGUAAAGAUCUGAAGCUUGUUGAUGGUGCUUGUCACUCUCCAGAUUUCAGAACCAUACAGUUGGAGAGUUUUCACAUUUGUGUUGAUGAUGCGGAUCUUGCUGCUAAAGGAUAAUGCUCAGGAGUUCCAGAUGGGCGGUAGGCUGUUGAAAGCAUGCCUGCCUUGUUGAUGCAUCAUUUGAUGUCGUCAUCCGCUCCACCGUCCUUGCUGGCAAUGCUCCCCAGAAUGGUUGGAAAGCUGUUGAUAAAUUAUUUAAUAUUGGGGACAAAGACUUUGGAGUUUGUUAGUUUUGUAAUUUGAGACUGCAUAUGUGUAUGGUGCAGCUACCGGUGAACCUUUAUCAAGAGACUGAAAAUGUAUAUCUGCAUGGUGCAAUGUACCACUAAUCUUCAUGAGGUAUUGUAGUGUGUCAAUAAGUUGUCUGUGUUCGAUUUGUUAUAACAGUAAUGUACCCAGUGCAUAAAUUAUGUACAACACACAUAUACUUGUAAGCAUUAUUAGUUUUUGAAAAAAAGAAAAAGAAAAUAAAUUCCAUUAAGUUUAGAUCCAAUGCUGCCCUAAGAUUAUUUCAUUAUUUAAGUAAAUACCUUCGAUAUAACUGUUUUUGAAUGUGCAAGACCAGAUCUGUUUUAUGUGAUUACCAUUUUAAAACAUUAUUGUCAGCAUAGCCCUGUUUUAUUUUAGAAUUUUACUUAAGUUUGUGAUAUGGUUUGAUACUUUCGUGUUGUAUUACCGUAAACUGUUUGUUUAUUAUUAUUGUUAUUACAUUGAUGAGAUUUGGAUAUCAUGAACAUUGUUAACUUUGAGUUUAAAAGUUGUAACAGGCAAUAGAUCAUGUCCCAAAUAGUAAUAUGGGAGUGGUAGGUGUGCCUUAAAAUCAUGAUAAUUUGAUUUAGCACAUAGAAAUAUUUAUGUGCAUGUUAUUUACACAAAUUUUAAAGUGGUUGUGACUUGCAAUUGGCUCUGUGAUGUCUACCUUGAAAUGAGGCUUCUGUUUUGGAGCAGUUGAUUAGUCCACUGACUGCUAAGCCUUAUCUACAAGCUUUUGGUAUUUCUGCUUGCAUUACUUUUUUUUCUGUCAGCAGCUUAUUACCUUCUCUAGAGAUCUGGCAUCAGAGUUGCAUGAAAGCAAAAGGAUAUGAAUUACAUUUUACAAUUGAAUUUUACAUUUGCAUUCAGGGAGUUAGUGAGUAAAUUUCAGCUUGUGAUUAUUAUUAAUGAAAAGAAAAAAUGGCAAUUGUGCUAUAACAGGUUUACAUUCCACCCAAUCUUAUUGCAUUUUUCUAUUGCAUCUCAACCCCUGAAACAUAUAGUUUAUGUCUCUUUGAUAGUACAGCAUUUCCAGCACACAGUGACCACUUGGGCAAACAUUCCUUAUUGGCUCAACUUUCAGAGCCCAUGUUUAUCAUUUACUUAAUCCUGCCUCCCUGUAAUAUAUUUGCUACUUUGCCUCAAUGUUUAUACUUUUCUUUUAUUUCCUGAGUGCAUUGAUUUUAUGCAUGCUUCUUAACAAUAGAGUUUUAUGGAAUUUGCUUUGCCUGAUACACCAGUUAAAUGUAGAGAAAACGUUGGUUGGUUGCUAUCUAGUUCUUUAGACCGCUGAGUGCUUGACAUGUUCCCUCCUCAUGUUUUAGUCAAAAUUCCUUUAUGAACUAUAAUCAUGGCAUUGUUUAAAUGCUUUAAGGGUUUCACUUCAAGAUAAUGAAUGAAGAUGCCAUAAUAAUUUUUUCUACUGUAAAUGAAAUCUGACUGCAGUACUUACAGUCCCAGCAAUAUUUCUCUUUCUUUGUUACAAUGUCCAUGCUGGUUGCAAAGAAAUGUGAAAGGUUGUAUUUUCUGGGAUUUCAUAUUGGUAUUUUUGAUUGCUGUAAUUUAUAAGGCAGCUUGCCAUUCUGUACUAUAAAAGAGACCUGUCUAUGCAGAAUCUUUAUACAUUACAUAUCAAUUUCAAGAAAAGUUGUUUUACUUUUUUUUUUAAAUCAAAGGAAAUUCCAAAUGUUUUGAUCUUGCAGUAUGGCACCUUUGAUAUGAUAAUGUUAAAAACAUUUGUUUUUCUUUCUUCAUUAAUACAUGUCAAGUGGGUUUUAAAAAAGUGUCAUUCCCAUCUUUAACAGACAUGCAAUCUUCAAGAAGUGCAUUAAUUUAUAUAAAACUGUGAUGAGAAAUUAAAGUUGCUUAAAAAAUGGCAUUCAGGUUACAACAACAUUUUUAUUCAGAACUGAAUUCUUAAACAUGCUUUUAACUCUUUUAUUUAUUAAUGACAAAUGAAUUAAAACAUUUGCUCUAUG